UUUUAUAAAAAAUAGAGAAAUCCAAUAAAAUUCAUUUUGACGCUUAUAAAUUAUUCGAAAAUAGGAAUAACAGGAGUAUCGAUUUUUCCGAAAUUCUAUAUCCUCCAUUCUUAAGGAAUGAACUGUUUAAUUUUUCCGAACGAGAUCAGAAUAGAAAACGAAUCUGAAUUGAUCCUACCUUUCAAACUAAUCCACGAGGUGUUCAAAUAUAAAUGGGUAGCGCCUCAUAUCUUUUGUUGGAUAUUCAAGGUCCCAAUCUAUUGCAGAAUAGAGCAAAUGGAGCCGCCUACUAAAUUAUACAACAUAAAAUUUUCACACGGAAUCUUCAAAUGGGAAAUUCAUAGAUCUCUAUCCGAUUUAAAAAUUUUGGAUUUCCGGUUGAGAAUAUUCAAAUACAAAAAGAAAUUAUUUUCAAGAGAUUACUCAGCUACCCUCAAAAGUCUUCCUACCAACAAAGACUCAAGUGAUGAACAAAUCGAAAUAUUGGAGGAAUAUAUGAAAACAAUCCUGUCAUGUGUCGAAUUGAGAAAUCAUAAGCAAACACUAAUGUUCUGCAAUGUUAGUUACAUCUCUUUCAACAAGGAAUACGGUUGCGAGAAAGGGAGAGAAGAAAUUUGUUAUAAAAGACCUGGUGGUUAUUAUGGAUUUAAGCUGAAACAUGGUUGUACUUAUUGGUUUCUAGGAUGGCAAAGAAGAUGGUUAGUAUUGAAGAAACCUUUCAUGGCUUACAUAAAUAUGAAAGACCAGAGGAUAGGAGGUGUAAUAUUGCUGGACAAUAAUUUGGACGUUGGAGUUUCCCCAAGGUCAAUGUAUAGAUUAGUAGCUAUAAAUAGAACUAGAAUUUUUAAGUUGAAAUUCCACGAGGAAAAAAGCUCUAAAGAAUGGUCAACGGAUAUUUGUCAAAUAUGCGAUAACAGUUAUUACCAAUCCUUUAAGAUUGAAAAAGAGCCAAUAAGUAAUGAAGACGUUAUUUGUACAAAUAAGGCGAAUGUCGAUAAAGGCAGCGAGAUCGAAAUGGAUAAAAUGGUGGGAAGUAGGCUGAGCUAUCGUUACAAUUCCUUCGCGUCAGAGAGAUUAGAUUGUUACGCUUACUGGUUCGUAGAUGGAUCACAAUACUUUUCAAGCUUAGCUGAUGCUCUGUACUCUGCUAGAAAAGAAAUUUACAUAUGUGAUUGGUGGUUGAGUCCUCAAUUGUAUUUAAAAAGACCUCUGCAUAAUGAUUGCAUCGAAUGGAGAUUAGAUACAAUCUUGAAAAAAAAAGCUGAGCAAGGUGUAAAGAUAUUCAUAUUGAUAUACAAAGAGCUCCCUUUCGCACUUGGAAUCAACAGUUAUUACACCAAACAAUUUGUAUCUAAUCUUCACCCUAAUAUAUACAUUCUGAGGCACCCAGACCAUCUAUUAUCCAAUGUUUUUGUAUGGUCUCAUCAUGAAAAAAUAGUUUGCAUAGAUCAAAGCAUAGCGUUUCUAGGUGGGUUGGACAUAUGUUAUGGUAGAUGGGAUGAUCAAGGUCAUAGAUUGACGGAUGUUGGUGUUAAAGAAAUAUCAUAUAAUUUUCAUGAGAGUGGGGAAUACGAUCCGCAUAGAUAUUCUAAAAUGUGGAAGGAUUAUGGUGGUAGAAUAAUACGCGGGAUACAGAGACCUACUCCUGCUCUUUACGAAUUGAUAAACGCCGCAACUAUACUAAAAGAUAGCAAAAUAAUACCGCCAUAUAGGGCCAACCUGACAGCCCACUGGAAUUUCUUGCAAAAUAUUUUGAACUUUACAAAAAAACGUUCUUAUAAAAAAUAUAUCAAAAACACCUACGAUAACCCAAUGGCAAAUGAAGAUCCCCAUCUUGAAUAUAAGAAUUAUAAUUACCAAGAUUUAAAUAAUAAUAAUAAUGUGAAUCAAGAGAGCCCAGAUAAAAAUGUUGGAAAUAAUUCGGAAGUCUUGGUUAAAGAAGAAAGGAUAUUAUUUGAUAACAAGGACAAAAUUAAAGAUUUAGAUCUUAUAGGAACGGGGAAAUAUUGGAUAGGAAAAGAUUACAGUAACUUCAUUUACAAAGAUUUUGCGCAGGUAGAUGAGCCCUUCACUGAGCUUAUUGAUAGGAACAAAAUUCCUAGGAUGCCAUGGCAUGAUAUAUCAGCUGUUCUAUACGGGAUUCCGGCCAGGGAUGUAAGCCGCCAUUUUAUAGAGAGGUGGAACCAAACUGUUGUUGAAAAAUUUAAAAAGGAUGAUAAUUUUCCUCUAUUGUUGCCGAAAAGCUAUGAUGGCUUGAGCAAUAUUCCAAAAAAUAUCACUGAUUCUAUGAUACAAUGCAGGGAAAUUCAGAUUUGUCGAAGUUUAACCACGUGGUCUGGUGGUAUAAAGUACACCGAGAGUUCGAUACUACAAGCUUACAUAUCCUUAAUUAAGGAAUCAAAAAGGUUUAUCUAUAUUGAGAACCAAUUUUUCGUAUCGAUACAUGAAAAUUCUAUGGUUAUGAAUGGGAUCGCGGAAGCACUUUAUCAGAGAAUAAUUUUGGCGUAUAGCAAUAAACAUGAAUUCAAGGUUUACAUAGUGAUGCCCCUACUUCCUGGUUUUGAAGGGCAAAUAGGUGAAAAGACUGGAACAUUUUUAAAAGCUGUUAUUUAUUGGACCAGCUCUUCCUUUUAUAUGGGCAGAAAAUCUUUGAUUCAACGAUUGAGGACUUCAAUUGAAAAUCCAUUUGAAUAUAUCAGUAUUUGCGGAUUGAGAAAAUACACAAAAUUAAAUGACAAACUGGUUACAGAAUUAAUUUACGUUCACAGUAAAUUACUUAUAGUGGAUGAUGAGUGUUGCAUUAUAGGUUCGGCUAAUAUAAAUGAUAGGAGUCUUUUAGGAGAUCGAGAUUCAGAGAUCGCAGCUAUUUUCAAGGAUAAUUCAAAAAAUAUGGAAAACAAGGAAAAGGGUACAUUUUGUUCGACCCUACGGAAAAAUAUCUUCAAGGAACAUUUUCUCGGAUCUAGGAUGAGCCUGAACAAUAAAAAUAACUCCGAUGUGCAGGAAAAAGAUUUUGAGGAUCCUAGCAAAGAUCAUUUCUUCCAUUUGUGGAACACCAGGGCUAAAAGUAACGCAGUGGCAUAUAACGAGAUAUUUAGGUGUAUACCUACCAACGACACCACAACUCUGAAUUCCUUAGCGGAAUAUCAAAAAAUAGCUCCAUUAUCUCAGACAAAUCCAGAUGCUGCUCUAAAAAAGUUAAGGUCCAGGAUCAAAGGCAGAUUAGUUGAAUUUCCAUUACACUUUUUGAUCGAUGAAGGAGAAAACCUUUUGACGUUUCCGGAAAGUCAUAUAAGAUUACCUAUGGGGAAAAAAUCCAAGAUAUUAAAGAUAUACACAUAAUUGAUUAUUAAAGGCUAUACAUAGCUUGAGGUCCCAUCUAUUCCUAUUAUAUUUUGUGAUAAUCCUGCUAUUGGAAUUAUUAGUUAUGAUGGAAAAUGAAUCAAACAUUUGCUUUAAAUUACGGCCACUCAAAAUUUUAAAUAUUUUUUAGGUUUUAUAACUUAUUCAUAGUAUGUAUCCAUAUA